AUGGCUGAUCUAUCUCAGUCUGUUUACAUCUAUUUAUCUCAGUCUAUUCGCAUCUAUCUAUCUAUCUAUCUCUAUAUCUAUCACAAUCUGCGGAUAUCUACCUAUCUAUCUAUCUAUCUAUCCAUUACAUUCACAUACGUGCUUAUACCAUUGGGAAAGUCUAUUAGCAUCUAUCUAUCUAUCUAUCUAUCUAUCUAUCUAUCUAUCUAUCUAUCUAUCUAUCUAUCACAAUCUGUUGAUAUCUAUCUAUCUAUCUAUCUAUCUAUCUAUCUAUCUAUCUAUCUAUCACAAUCUGUUGAUAUCUAUCUAUCUAUCUAUCUAUCUAUCUAUCUAUCUAUCUAUUACAUUCACUUACGAGCUAAUACCAUUGGGAAAGAUUUUUUUCCUUCCUGUUCUGUUCAUUCGUUUUUCAUUCUUCUCGGUGUCGUUUAUUCAUUUCUUUCAUCGUCUUUCACUUUUCAUUUCUAUUAUUUUCGUUACUUUUUCAUUCUUCUCAUCUUCAUUUUUUUCACUGUUUCUAUCUUCAUUCCUUGA